GUGGUCCCAUCCCAUAAUUACAGACUGAAAAUUGUAUUUGAUGAUAGAUUUAUUUAUUGUUUUUGUGUUUAUUUGUAUUUAUUCAUUAAUUUAUUAGAAUUGAUCUUUUCCCUCUCUUCACUGACGUUUUGUGUCUCCCCCUCAUAAAGAUGAACCGCACUUUUUUAAUUAAGUUAACCUUGUUUUUGACAGACUUGUAUUUGUCUUACUACAAUAUCUUCUGUCGUGGUUACUACAGUUUCACUACGAAUCCGACCAUGGCAAAAAACGGGUUACUAUCGUAAAUGUUCUAUUUUCUAAAUGCUCAUGAUGUCACUCCGGUCAGAAAAACAAGAGUAAUGAACUGCCGUGGUCAAAAAGCGCCUCAAGCGUGUUAUAAUGACGAUGACGGUGAUAACGAAGUGAUGAAGGUUGGUGCAUGGUAUCGUGGUGGUCCACGCACAACAGAUGCCCCCUAGAUGAUGCUCAGGGUGGGUUGUCGCGGUGUAUUGUGGGCAGUUUUGAUCUAAGCAAGCAGAGUCGUAGGAAAGAUGGCUGCUCCGAGCACCACAGCGGGUCUUCCUCCAGCUUCAAGUCCCGGUUUUGCGGUGCUUUGCUCUUUUCUGGAGCGCUACGGGUCUGCUCUGGAUCUGCCCGAGCUGAAUUUCUCCCAGCUCGAGCGGUACCUACAGGAAACCUCAGCGGUUCCUCAACCUCUGAUUGAGCUUCAUGUCAAACUGCUGCGUAAGAUCAGCAAGUCAGUCACGACGGAGAAGUGGGAGAAGUAUCUUAUAAAGGUGUGCCAGGAGUGUAACAGCACCUGGGCUUGGGAACUGGAGAGAAAAAGUUACGCUGAAAUGACCGUUGAGUUUAAGACUGGGAUCCUGAAGUACUUGUGUGAAUGCCAGUUUGACGACAAUCUCAAGUUUAAGACGUUGGUUAAUGAAGAAGACCCGGACAACAUGCGUCUGCAGCCUAUCGGUAGAGACAAGGAAGGCCUUAUGUACUGGUUUCAGUUAGACCAAGAGCAGAAUGUGCGUGUUUAUGCCGAAGAACAAGACGACUUGGAUGGGUCCUCCUGGAGAUGCAUUGCAAGGACAAGAAAUGAUCUUGCAGACGCACUUGAUCAGCUGAAAGCCCAGAUUGACUCAUCUGUCAACCAAGAGAAGCUGGAUGGUCCCAAAAGCCCAAGCACAGAAAAAGAAGGUAAAGCUGGCGACUUGAAAAACUGUGGGUCCACUUUAACCGACAGCAUCAUCACUUCUACAAAAACUAACAACAGCAUGAAAAGAGAAGCAUCACCCGUUGCUGUUAAACCAGAGCGAGACGUCAAAGAUGAAGCUGAAUGGAAAGAUGUGUCCAAACCCAAAACACAGCCGAUCCCAGUUAUAGACAACAGAGUCAGCACGAUUAAAACCCUCGUCAAAGAAGAAGCCAAGGAUUGUCCCAGAACCUGGAACACCAUAUCGGUCGUCAUGCCUCCUGUCCCCGUCAAACCAGAGAUGCAGGACGACAAGAAAGAGCCCACCAGAGUCAUCAGCAGCGAUCAACAGGCUAAAAUACCACUGAAGAAGAGAGAGCUGAAAAGAAGUGGAGGCUAUGACAUCAGCAAUCACUACGGCAACGUAAAUCACAACAACAAUAAUCUGAACAGCAACGGCAGCAUCAGCACCAGCACCGGGGGGAUAAUCGUACGCAAUCCCUCAGUCUUACUGGUGAAGGAGCCGCACGUGAGGAAUGAAGAGAAGAUGCCAACCGUUACUGUCCCACAAGAGCUCAACAUCACGUCGUCUUGUGAAAAGCAGACGUCCGUUGAGCCGUACCAAAAGACGAUACGAGGUCAAUACGUAGGUGUUGGAGUCAUCAAGGGUCCCCUUGAUCGAAAGAGGCCGUUGGCUGAAAGUGAAAACACUUCCACAAAGGAUAGAAAUGGUCUUCAUGGAAAUGGCAGUGUCUUGACAUCUGGCGCUGGAGACGAGGAUGGCGGUAGACGGUCCGUUCUUGUCGGGAGAUCUGUGAUUAAAACGGACAAUGGUAGCGUCCCAGAGGAAUUCCUGUCUAAAGAUGUUAACAAGAUGUGCCCAGACGUGCUUGAGUCUCCUACGAUUGAAGAAACAGAAACCAUUGAAAUGAAAGAGAGCCAGACCGACGUUCCGGCCGAGAAUGAAAGUGAAGAGAAGAGUUUGAGAAGCCCGAGAAAGAGGAGCUCUCAAAAGAGCAAAUCCAAGCUGCACAGAAGAGAUGAGGGUCAAAGCACAAAACACUCCUCGUCCGACAUCUGCAGGGUUUCAGAGAGAGGAGAAGCAGGAGAAGGUGAAACACACGAAGACGAUGACGAUGAGGAGGUAUCGUCUGAACUUCAGAAGGAAGGGAUUCGACUGAAGAUUAAGAUCCCGCGUCACAGACGUACUCCUGAACUCCAGCACAUCCAGUCUGAAACCAGCAAUCGACGGUCCUUACGGAGAUCUGCUCGCAUCUGUAAACCCAGCCCCAAAGUGGCUGAUAUUCAGGAUCGAAAACCAGAUCAAACACUGACGGCUCAAGGCGAACACACAGAAGACGAAGAGGUGAAAAUUCUGCCCACAAAGGAGGUUGACAAGAAGGUGGACGUGGAAGGACGGACCAAGUCUUUAAAGGGCAAGCGACGACACAGACGCCCACGCUGGUCGAAAACCCGUGCUAAAAACUGCAAAUCCAAAGGAGCCCUGGAGGGCGACGAGGAUGCGGGUGAUGACAAAGCCACAAAUGAUGAGGACAACAAAUCGGAGAGAGGAGACAAUAAGAGUGAGAGUGACUCGGACCAGUCGAAUGAGCUUCCGCCUGAAGAUGCUUGUAAACACUGCGGUCUCACCAACCACCCCGAGCUGAUUCUCCUGUGUGACUUGUGUGACAGCGGCUAUCACACAGCCUGUCUGAGACCUCCUCUCAUGAUCAUUCCUGAUGGAGAAUGGUUCUGUCCUCCCUGCCAGCAUAAACUUCUCUGUGAGAGGUUAGAGGAACAGCUACAGAAUCUGGACACGGCGCUGAAGAAGAAAGAGAGAGCUGAACGAAGGCGUGAACGGUUAGUGUAUGUGGGCAUCAGCGUGGAGAACAUCAUCCCAACCCCAGACGGUGACGCCGGAGACGACUCGCCACAGAAAAAGAAAGACGCAAAGAAGAGCAACAAUCUGGGCCGUCGAUCCACCAGGACGAGGAAAUCCAUCAGUUACAGGUUUGAUGACUUUGACGAAGCCAUCGAUGAGGCGAUAGAGGAAGAUCUUCAAGACUCGCAGGACACAGCAGGUGUCGGAUGUGAUAAACAUGUGUCGACCGUCACGAAUCAACAGCGCAGCACGGUCAGCCGAGAGACUCGCCGGUCUGUGAAGCCCCUCGCACCACGUAAAAGAAAACGCCGGCGACUCAAAGACUUGGACAGUGACAGUACGGUGGACGAGGAGGAGAGUGAGGAUGACUUUCAGCUCAGUGACAGCAUGGAGGAGGAGGAGUUUGUGGUUUCGGGAGAUGGCGAUGCUGAAGUGGGCUCCGGUGAGGGCAGUGAAUGGGGCAGCGCUGAUAGUAAUGCUGGAAAUCCAUCGAGAUCCAGAAGAACCAGCAGAAGCACACACACUCAAAGAGCCAGGAGGAGCAGAGGCAGACUUUCCAGCCGACGGAGAGGCUCCUCAGAGGAGGAGGUGUUAAACUCAGAAGAGGAGGAGGAGGAGGAAGAAAUGGAGACGGAGGCAUCGAACGAGUUUAGCGAGAGCGACGUGGACACGAGCAGAAGGCGUCCACGGCGCAGGCAGAACUCUUUCGUCAACUACUACGAAACGUCCGAAUCGGAGGGGUCACAAAAGGCGUCCAAUCAGAAGAACUCGUCCGUGGUUCACCGUCGACGACUGUCCAGCUCCAACAGUGAAGAGUCUGUACAUUCUCAAGACUUUGAGCCAAAGUCCCUGCAGAGAAGAGACAGAGGACAGAGAAGCGAGUCCAGACGGGACGAAUCCAAACAGAGACACCAACAUCUAAAACAGAGACAGCAGAGAAGCUCCAGUGAGGAAGAUGAGGAGGAGAACUCUGAGGAAGAAGGAGAAACAGACGGAUCUGAGGAAGACCAGCGGCCCCUCCGCAGGAGGUCAAACCGCAUAGAAACUGACGAUGAAGAGGAGGAGGAAGGCGUGCGGCAAAGGAGGCAGAACACCAGAGGAAAGAUCUCCACAGGCAAGUCCUCUAAAGUCCCGGAGGACUCCAGGUCGAAGCACACACCCAAAGGCAGGCACAAUGGCCUGGUCCCUCUGCCGGCGGCAGCUCGGGAUGAGGAUGAUGAAGAAGAGGAAGAGUUUACUGGAGUCACGGACCUUGUUAACUUUGUUUUCGACAGCGAGCAGCUGUCCUGAUACAUUUCUUUUCUCGUCGCCUUCUAACAUGAGCCGCCUCGUCAGCCACCGUAGACUUCUGGUGUAGUGGACCAAAUGAAGCCUCCAGAGGAGCCAUGGUGUUUGUUCAGAUGUUUGAAUGCACUCGCAUCAUUCGGCCGCAUGCAUCCCCAGGUGUACAACAGGGUCUUCUUAAUCCUUACAGUAACAGUUCCUCAGAGUCGAGCACUUUCUCAUUUCUGGCCAGUAAUGUUUGGUUUGUAUGAAGAGGCUUCUGUCGUCCCGUACAUACACUGGACGCUGUACAUUCAACGUUUAAAUGUCACGUGCAUUUCAAGCUGGCGUUGAGUUUCUCGUGAAAAUGUUUUAACGUUUGUUUUACAUUAGGAAUUUGUUGAAAGGGGUAUUAUUAGAUAUUAAUCCUGGAUGCCGUAUCUUUGCCUUUUAGGAAAUGCGUUCUUUUAAUAGAAAGCUCACUCAAAUAUGAAACUAUACUCACGCUCGGAUAUUUCAAAUCUUUAGUUUUAGUCGUGUAUGCUGUAUUUUAUGCCUGGGCACUGUUUAACACUCAUUGUGUUCCAUAGGAGAAUGUCACACAGAGCCAUGGGAAUGAGUACAGAAUGGCAUCAUCUUCAUUUUCCAGUGAAUUAUUCUUUUAACUUUAGCAAUAAAUGCAAACUGUUCAGUUGGCAAAACCAUUUCAUAAACAAACGCAAAUGUUGCAGGAAAAUGAACAUAAUAUAGAAUUUUGCAGUUUAGAUGCAAAUCAUCCUAAUUGAAAGAUGAAUGUCCUCUUAAUGCUAAAAUAACGUAGUAUUUUAUACGAACAUGAAUAUGACUUUGUUUAUUUUUCCUGAUUUGGACAUUUCUGCACUUUGAAAGCUGUUGCUGAAGUUAUCGGACGUUUAGUGAAACCUCGGCUACAGGACGUCCCUUUAAGAUCAUAUAAAGCUGUCUGAGGUUUAUGUGCCUCUGUUCUUCUGUAUGCACCUUCGAUUGUGUCGCUGUGACAUCACACUUUUCAAACGUUCAGUACGCCACGGCAAACUGGAUCUCUGAAAGAGGUUCAGUAUUUUAGUAUUAUUUUAUUUAAAGUUGGAAGACUGAUUGAAUGAGAACACUAUAAAACCAUUCCAAAAUGCCUGCCUCAUAAAACAAGUCCAACAUUCAAAACCCCCACAAGCACUAGAAUAAUUCUGGUCUCUGCCUUCAUUUAAAGAAUGUGUUUUUGAGUUGUAUACUACUGGAAUUUACUUUUUUUUAAAUGUCUCCAUACUUUAAGAAAAUUAUCCACGAAACGGAAAUAAAUUUAACGUUCAUGUUACUGUUUUUUGCCAACUCUCACGCAUUCGACAUAAGACUCACGGAAUUGACUCUCGCGCCACACAUCCAUUUUCUCACGCCGUAUUCGUCAUUUGUCCAUGGUGUGUAAUAAAAUUUGUGAAAUAACUGCCUAAAAGCCUAACUGUACUUUGGUGCUGCAUUUAUUUUACAACACAACGCGUUCCACCUGUAAAAACAAUGAGGUGGCCAAUCAAAUGAGAGACGACGAUACUGUUCACUUCUUUAGCAGGACGCUUUAUGCCAAGUGUACAUAAAAUGUUGAUAUGAAAUGUCAUGUAUAAAAUCCUAAACCCAAUGUUAGCAGUGAGCAAGCCAAAGACGACAGUGACAAAAAACAAAAACUGAAAAGAAAAAAGUGGAGAAAAGCUUUGAGAGAAAAGAAAGUCAAGCAGAAAACACAUAGUAUACACAUGUAUACAAGAGAAAUCAGGCUUGUAAACUGUGACAUUGUACCGACAAUACCGACAGACACACAGUGUAAGGGGGGAGGAAGCGUUUAUUAAGGAAGUUUGUCUUAUAUU